AUGGAGAUUACGGAGUCGACUAAGAAGCACUACAGGGCUUUGGGAGAGGUGGUGCGACGAUGCGACGCAUCGAAACAAGAUCUUCUCCUGCGACAACAGUUGCGAGACUACGCGGAGAAAGCGUUAUUCGGCGCGCCGCUCGAAUUCGGGCGCAAGGCUGAAGACGCUCUCUGGAGGAAAGCCUACUACGAACCACUCACCUACUUCAAAACCCGGAAAGAGAAAAGUUCUUGGUCGCUCGCCGCGAUACAGCAGCUGUUGAGUUCGGGUCUCGGCGCCUAUCAUCGGAUAUUAAUCCGUUUGGAGGACGAAUUCGGCGUGCCCUUGUCUGGCAUCAUGGACGUUUCCCUGAGCGAGUCGAUGGGACGUCGGCUGGAUGAGUUUCCCUCCGAUAAAGUACAUGAGAUGAACGAGUGGGCAUUACAGUGUGCUCACCGGUGUCUCAUAGCCCAGGGCGAUCUCGAGCGAUACCUGCACGAGCUUGGCGGACAGCAAGACUCCUGUUCUCACCGUCUGUCUUCUCUGAGGUUCUACCAACAAGCAAUACUCCUCCAACCCCGAGUCGGCCAGCCCUACAAUCAGCUGGGUACUCUCGAGGGCACAACCUUGUACAGCUUGCGAUCGCUGUAUUAUUUUUUGCGGUGCCUCCUAAGUCCUGAACCCUUCAUCGGAGGAGCUUCAAACCUCAAGGCGACCUUCGACAAGAAUCGCGUGGCUCUGCAGAAAGCUCGCAGCACCGCCCAAUCAACGGGGAAGGAUCACGAGGAGCUGCACGUGAGGAGUUUCAUCGUUAUCGUCGAGUCCCUCUGGAAUGAGGAGGUCCCCGACAGGUCGACGGUGUCCACCGUCAUCGACGUCCUGAAAGUCGAGAGUUUCCAGAGCGGCGUUCUUUUCUACUGCGUCCUCGUGCUACUCGCCGUAGAUGAACGUAUGAGGAACCUCCAUAGGGAUGAGACACAUACCAACACCAAGACUGUGAGAGAGCUGAUGACUGUUAUCAGCACCAGGAUGAUCCUCGAGGUUUACCACAACCUCUGCAUGAAAACCUGCCUCGAACAUCCGUUCUCUAACGAUGCGCCGGCGGUGAAACCGGUAGAGACUAUUCCCGCUCCAGGGGAGGGCAUAAUCCCAAAGCGUCCGAGGGCAAAAUACAGACGCAGACGUAAGGCCUUCGGGGACAGCUCUGACGAAGAGAAUGAUGAUCACGAGAUCAUCAGCUUCGUCGAAUCGGCGACGAAGAUGACGGCGAAGCAGGCUGACUCUCGUCGUAGAACCAGACCCGGUUCCAACGGCUCAGACGGCCAGGGAGACGAACAAACCCCGUCGGAAACAUCCGAAGAAAGUUCCGUCGAUUCCGAAGACGAUUUCUCAUCUGAUGAUGAAGUCGCAUCAGAGGCUGAAGGGAAGCGAAGCGUACACAGUUCAUCCCCGGUCAAUCAACUCUCUCGAGAAUUCACUGUCAACUCCUCUCUGAGCUGCAGACAGCUGGUCAAACAGGUGAUUUCUGAAAGAAUGAUGGGAGCUAUCAAACUCUCCCUGGACUGGAUGCUUCUGGAUGCCGCGACGAAGAAUAUCGACAUGUGCUUCAUCAAACGGGCGUGUGAUUUCUCGAACCUCGUCUCCGUUCUUUUGCACAGAGUCAUGGGCAGCUCCGACGGCACAAUCGAGCAUGUUCGUAAGCAGCUGACUCGCUUGACAUCGAAGGGACUCGCCCUGAAUUCUGUCCCACUCCCGGAAGACAUUCAGUACUCGCUGCUGAUGGAUCGCUUGCAGAAUAAGCCGCCCCUCUCGAAUGCCGUUCUGCUUCAGAGCUGGGAGAAGCGCUCUCAGGUCUCUACAGAUGGCCAGAGAUCCGUUUUCCGUCUGCACUACAUCAACGAUGUCAUCGGCAAGCUCUGUGAGCUUCUCCCAAAAACUGAUGUCUCGAUAAUCCCGGGUCAGAGAAUCAUCCUCCAAGAUCACGUUCUGGAAUCUCUCAAAGCUCAACUCGAGAAGUCCCCGCUUCCGGCUUCCUGUCAGAAAACCACGCGACAACAAGGUCUGAUGAAGUCGAUGGCUCAUGCGUGGCUGCAGCACGAGGUGCGAGGGCUCGAAGAAAAGUUGGAUGGCAGAUCCCUUCGUAACUCUCUGCCGAUUUCAUCCAAUGGUCUGAUUUCUUUUUCAUCGGAUUCCAGGAAUCACGGUUCGAAGAAAUCGAUCAAGUACACGAACAGCCUGUAUACCGUCGUGGACGCAUCCGUACUCGCUCAUCAUCUGCCUCUGAUCCGGAACAUGGUCGCAUCACGGAGCAGUAUUGUUGUAAUCCCGAAAUGCGUUGUCAGCGAGCUUGACGAAAUGAAGAAGGAUGUCGCGACCGCACGCGACGCCAAUCGAUGGCUGUCGUCUGAGCUUCCGAAAGGUCUCCGAUACUUGCGAGUUCAGAGAGCCGAAGAGGCAACUCCGAUUGCGGUCCUGAAGUACCCGAAAAAGAAAGACAGGGACGCUUGGAAAUUGUUUCAAAUCCUUGAAUGUUGUCAGUACUUCAAUGGGAAAGGGAACUUCGGACCCCUCGAGGUGAAUAACAACUCCAACGGGAAUAAAGACGGAAGCAGCUCAACCGCACUCGUCAGUUUCCUCUAUUCGAAGCCUGAAAGUCAACUUCCGGCAAACGUAACCUCAUUAACAGAGACUCUCGGUAUCAAAUUGUUGGACGUGAACGCUCUCGCCGUCGUGAACGAUUCGAAACACUUACCCCCGAAGUAUCGGGAGUCGAAGGCGAACAAACAGACUGGAUGAUAAGACCCCGAGGCAUCAUCGAAUGUGCUCCGAUCAUUUCUGCAUAACAUACCGCUCGUCCCAUAGGAUAUGGGCUUCCAAGGCUCUUUGAUGACGGAGUGAGGUCACGAGCUCCGUCGAAAUCUAGCCUCCCGCUCACCAAGAGAGAAGAUUUCAGAGAACCGAAGUAGGAAGGACAACGACUUCCAUCGAAACUCGAGACCGAGACGGAACGAUGUGCGACCCGACGAUGGGUCCGUCGUAU